AUGGCAAAGAGCUCUGAUUCUCAGAAGUAUGUUGAUGUGUCUAAGGUUCGUCUGGGUUAUCAAAGAGAGUUUCGUCGCGCCUAUGAGACUCACUCACAGAUCUGCCGUGGUUCGACAUCUCUCAAUCGAACCAGGCCAAGAAAUAACCGGAAUGUGGUUCAUGUUCCUGGACCUAACAGGACAACAAAUGAUGUUGAAAAUAUCGUUGUGAAUGGUGUUUCGAGUGAAGAAGAUGCUAGAAGUAAAGUGGAGGAUUUGAAGGUUGAGGCAAUAGAUGAAAUAUAUCAACCUGAUCGUGAAAUUGGGGAGACCAGUAGAGAUCGCGGUUUGAAGGUGUCAACGAAAGUGAAAAAGUUCAAACCUGUUUUUCGCAACUUCAAGAAGUUCCCCUCUAAGCUGAAGGACCUGCUAGACUCGAGGAUUCUGGAUGGAUUAAACGUGAAAUAUGUUCGUGGCAUCAGGGUGCGAAAACCCGGAGAUAAAGCGCUACUGGGAGUGAUAAAAGGCGAAGGAAUUGAGUGUUAUUGUGAUAUUUGUAAGGGAGAAAAGGUUGUGAGCCCUGCUGUAUUUGAGGUUCAUGCUGGAAGUGCAAACAAACGUCCUCCUGAGUAUACUUUCCUUGAAAAUGGGAAUUCUGUUCGUUUUGUGAUGAAUGCAUUUUUGAACAGUCCUUUGGACAAAAUGGAGGAAUCUGUUUGUGCUGUUCUCGGGGACUUUACUAUGAAAAAAUCGAAGUUCUGUUUGAACUGUAGAGAUGUUAAUGUUGUCUCGAACCUGUUCUGCGACUCAUGCCAACCUAACCCAACUCCUAUGACCGAGAUUACUAAUAGCUGUGUUUCACCACCACCACCACCACCACCAGCAGCGGUUAUAUCCGGGACCCCGGAACCAGUUGAGCCUGAAAAGACAUUAUAUAAAGGAAUGAAAUACAGCGCAGCUAGUGAUAAGAGUCAGGGGAAAAUAACUAGGAAGGACCAAGGCUUACAUAAGUUGGUUUUUGAAGCAUUGAAAGAUGAAGCUGAUGUGACAUACAUUGCUCGUGGAGAGAGACUAUUGGAUGGUAAAAUAAACAAAAAGAACUAUGGAAUUAUGUGUAGUUGCUGUAACAAAGUGGUUAGCCCUUCUACAUUUGAAGCACAUGCUGGCUGGGCAUCCCGACGCAAGCCUUACCUGCACAUAUUCGCAGAUGGAGUCUCACUACAUCAGUUAUCCAUUUCCGUGUUGAAAAAGCAGAUAAUUUCUAUGAAUGCCGAUAGCGAUGGUCGCUGCAGUAUUUGUGAACAAGGAGGAAGUCUUUUAUGCUGUGACGGAUGCCCAAGAACUUUUCACUUAGAAUGCGUCCCUCUUGAAUCCGAACCGGGUUGCAUUUGGUACUGCAAAUAUUGCUGUCAUAAUGUAAACCUUAAAGAAAGACAUGAAGAGCGUAAGGAAAAUGCUCGGGCAACUAGAAAGGUUGCAGAGUCUGAUCUUUUGGGACAGACAACCCAGAGAGGCCCCCUUACGGUAAAUGAUACCGAGGUUGUCGAAGGAGGAUGUCAACUGUGCAGGGAAGAUGAUUUCGAGCUAGUAGAUUUUGGUCCUAGGACAGUAAUUAUUUGUGACCAGUGUAAUAAGGAAUAUCACAUAGGGUGUUUGAAGGAUCAUAAGAUAGUUAACCUAGAGAAAUUACCUAAAGAGGACUGGUUCUGCGGCUCGGAUUGUCUUCAAGUUCGGACUUUUUUGCAAAAUUUAGUGAUUCGCGGGGAUUUGCCAGUUUCAGAUUCCCUCCUAAGUUUGAUUAAAAAGAAGCAUGAAGAAAAAGGUUUAGAAACUGAUUCUGGUCUUGAUGUAAAAUGGAGGAUUCUUAAUUGGAAGUUGCUUGCUUCUGAAGAAAUCAGGGCGUUGCUUUCGAAGGCUGUUGCUAUCUUUCAUGAACAAUUUGAUCCCAUAGUGGAUGCUGAAACAGGCGCAGAUUUUAUUCCAUCGAUGCUUUAUGGGAGGACAGUCAAAGAUCAAUAUUUUGGUGGAAUGUAUUGUGCAGUGCUCACUGUCAACCAAGUGGUUGUAUGCGCGGGGACAUUCCGCUUGUUUGGGAGGAAAGUGGCGGAGCUUCCAUUAGUUGCAACUAAUGCAGCUAGCCAAGGAAAGGGUUACUUCCAAGCCCUGCUUGCCUGCAUCGAGGGCAUGCUUGGAGAGUUAAAAGUGGGACGGUUAUUUUUACCGGCUGCUCAUGAAGCCGAAUCGUUAUGGACUGGGAAAUUCGGGUUUAUGGCGCUAGAUGAAGAUGAGAUGAAUUUUAUUACGAGAUUGUACCGCUUGAUGAUGUUUAACGGGGCAGCGUUACUACAGAAGCCGGUUCCUCGCCCCGCUUGA